AUGACACGUCUAAAGCGCGAGUUACCUCCGGCUAUGGCCAACAACUCCAUUGAGCCCAAGAAGCCUCGAUUAAAUGUACAUGGGACUAAGAAUGAGACCUCGAAGUUUGUGGAAGAGCUAGAAAAUAUGGCGCCAAUUUCAACGAAGGCUAGUUCGUGGCCACGUAAGGCCCUGGGACCUCUCAACCCGAGCACCGAUUCGGUGGUUUUUCAGUGGAUUGACAUCGACAUGUACGACGGUCCGCCGCUAAAAAUGAACCCGAAGAAAGGGUCAGAGGUACCUGGACUCAAUUUCAGUGGAGACGCGGGCCAUAAUGCGGCAAUCAUCCGCCUCUUUGGCGUCACCAUGGAGGGUCACAGCGUCCUCAUGCAUGUGCAUGGCGUGCUGCCUUAUUUCUACUGCAUUUGUCCGGAUGAUUUCGAUGACAGUCGCUGCAGAGAUGUGCGACAGGCACUUGACUCGGCUGUAAGUCAGCGAGACCGAGACAGCAGCAGCAAUGCGCGCGUCGUGGGCGUCCAAGUGGUACGGGACAAGAUGUCUAUUUACGGCUACCAAUUUGACAAGACAACGACGCUCUUUAAGAUCUUUCUGAGCAUGCCCAGCUACGUUCCCAAGCUGCGCAGUGCUCUGGAAGCGGGUCUCACAUUGCCUGGUUGCGACUUUCGCAGCUACCAAACGUACGAAAGUAACGUGCCCUUCAUUCUACGCUUUAUGAUCGAUGAGGACAUCAAGGGAUGCAACUGGGUAGAAGCACCACACGGAACGUACUCGGUGCGCUCUGCUACCCAGAAGAAGUCAUUGUGUCAGCUAGAGAUUGACAUUACGUACGAUAACCUGGUCAGCCACGCUCCGGAUGGAAAGUGGGGCAGAGUGGCUCCUUUCAGGAUCUUGAGUUUUGACAUUGAGUGCAUGGGCAGAAAAGGUCACUUUCCAGAGGCAGAUCAAGACCCAGUGAUUCAGAUUGCCAAUGUUGUGCAGGAGCAGGGAUCUCAUACGCCUAUUAUUCGCAAUGUCUUUGUAUUAGACACUUGCAAGCCGAUUGUUGGUGCUCAUGUCAUGGAAUUUGAGCAGGAAGGAGACAUGCUUGAGAAGUGGGCGCGAUUUGUGCAGGAAGUGGACCCAGACAUAAUCACGGGGUACAAUAUUGCCAAUUUUGAUAUUCCGUACUUGCUUAACCGUGGCAAGGUGCUUAAAGUACAGGACUACAACCUGCUGGGCAGGUUAGCGCAUACAGCGGUGCAUAUGGAGAAAAAGGUGUUUAAUUCGGCGCAAUACGGCAAAAGUGAAAACGUAAAGACGUCUAUCCACGGACGAUGCAUGUUUGAUGUACUGCCGAUAAUGCGACGCAGUCAACAGCUAAGCUCAUACACUUUGAAUGCAGUGAGUGCUGCCUUCCUCGGUCAGCAAAAAGAAGACGUGCCUCAUGGCAUCAUCAGCGACCUGCAGCGAGGAUCAGAUGAUGAUCGUCACCGUCUUGCUGUCUACUGUCUGAAAGAUGCGUACCUGCCGCUGCGACUACUGGACAAACUUUCGUACCUCGUCAAUUACAUUGAAAUGGCCCGUGUGUCUGGCGUUCCAAUUGAUUUCCUGAUUGAGCGUGGCCAGCAAAUUAAAGUGUUCUCCAUGCUUUUACGCAAGUGCAAAGACGCAUCACUUGUUGUACCAACACUUCCUCGUUCUCAGAACAACGAAGAAGCAGGAUAUGAAGGCGCCACGGUGAUUGAGCCUAAAAAAGCAUUUUACUCGGUACCCAUCGCGACGUUGGAUUUUGCGUCACUGUAUCCAUCGAUCAUGCAGGCAUAUAACCUUUGCUACUCCACACUUGUUGCGCCUGGGGAUGUGGAAAAGUUGGCCUCAGGUGACUACCAAAAGUCACCAUCAGGAGAUAUUUUUGUGACAAGCAAGAAGAAGAAGGGCAUUUUGCCGCUGAUUUUGGAGGAAGUGCUGGCAGCACGAAAGCAGGCGAAGCGAGAUAUGAAUGCUGCCACUAAUCCAAUGGAGAAGGCAGUGCAAAAUGGUAGACAGCUUGCUCUCAAGGUGAGCGCAAAUUCCGUGUAUGGCUUUACGGGCGCAAUUGUCGGGCAAAUGCCGUGCAUUCCUAUUGCUUCGAGUACAACAGCAUAUGGUCGGCAGUUGUUGUUUCGUACGCGUGAGGAAGUUGAACGCGUGUACACCAUUGCAAAUGGGUACAAAGCGGACGCACAAGUGGUAUAUGGUGAUACGGAUUCUGUUAUGAUAAAAUUUGGCGUUGACACUGUGGAAGAAGCCAUGCCGCUGGCUGAAGAGGCUGCCAAGCGCGUGUCAGUAAUCUUUCCAGACCCAAUCAAGCUUGAGUUUGAAAAGGUAUACUUUCCGUAUUUGCUGAUGAACAAAAAGCGAUACGCUGGUUUGCUGUGGACAAAUCCUGAGAAAUACGACAAGCUGGAUUCAAAAGGUCUUGAGACUGUGCGUCGUGACAACUGUUUGCUGGUAAGGCGAAUGGUCGAGUCAGUGUUGCGCAAAAUUCUCAUUAACCGUGACGUGCCGGGUGCAAUUUUGUACACAAAGAACGUCAUUUCGGACCUUCUGCAGAACCGUGUUGAUAUAUCGUUGCUAGUGAUUACGAAAGGGCUAUCAAAGACGGUUGAUCAAGAUGACUACAAGGUAAAACAAGCCCAUACUGAGUUGGCUGAACGCAUGCGCAAGCGUGAUGCUGGGUCUGCUCCAGCUCUUGGUGAGCGCAUCGCUUACGUGAUUAUCGACAAGGGCAAAGCUACGCCAUUGCACGAAAAGGCAGAGGAUCCUGUUUAUGCUCUCGAGAACAGCAUCCCAAUCGAUUGCGACUACUACAUGAAGCAGCAGUUGCAAAACCCGCUGGAGCGUAUAUUCGAGCCCAUAAUUGGCCUGAGCAAAGUUAAGUCGGACCUCUUUAACGGUGCUCACACGCUUAAGCGGUCCAAACCCGUUUUAAAGCAAAACAGCGGUGGGAUGAUGAAUUUUGCUGUGAAGAAGCUCAAGUGUCUAGGCUGCAAGGCCCCACUAAGUGGCAAAGGAGCGCUUUGCCGCAGUUGCGUAGAGCGCGAGGCUGAGGUGUUUUCACGGCAACUUCAGUCGGUCAAUGAGCUUGAGCAUAUGUUUGCGCGCCUCUGGACGCAAUGCCAAAACUGCCAGGGCAGUCUGCAUCAAGACGUGUUGUGCACCAGCCGCGAUUGUCCAAUUUUCUACAAGCGCAUUAAGGUGCAGAAAGAUCUUGGAGAGAUUCAGGCUUCGUUGGAACGUUUUCAAUCCGUAGACUGGUAA